UUCCCCAAGAGGCUAUAGAAAUAGUAAUCAUGAAGAAGGCCAAUGCUGUGGAUGUGGAUCCUGUUGAUGAAGAAACCCUAGCUGUUGCUUCAAGCGAUGCUGCCAAGCAGUUGCUUCCCUUGUCUCCAGGGCAAGAACUUGACGAGACUCGGAAGUUUAUUCAGGCGUCAAACGCUUCCAUCAAUGAAUGCGAUAAAAAUCCUGAAGGAAGAGGAGAAGAUGUUAGUCAGAUGAUUGGAUCGAAUCAAAUCUUGCCAGAAGGGUCUCAAAUUCCAGCGGAUAAUAAGGAGUUGAAUAAUUUUCAAGAAGCAAUCAAUUUUGUCAACAAGGUUAAUUUAAGAUUUAGACAUGAUCGAAGUGUUUAUCCUGCUUUUCUUGAUUUGUUAGUUAGCCAUAGGAAAACAAUGGUGGGCAAAGAGACCAAUGUAUGUGAUCUUCUUGAAAAGGUUGCUCAACUUUUCCGUGAUCAUGAAGAUUUAGUUGAAGAAUUCAUGCGAUUUUUACCCGAUAAUGAAGAUGGGAAAAAAUUUAGGGUUGCAGGAGUUUCUGAGAACUAUCCAAUUCCUCAAUCAUGCAAUCUACCAGAUGAAAAGUUGGCAAGCGGACCCUCAAUUCUGCAGGACUAUUCACGCGAACACAAGCAUCCAUGUGAACAUGAACAAGGCCUCUAUAGACGUGAAGAUGACAAGGGUGAGCUUGACAGGAAGGUUGAAGGUUCGAAGCAGAGCACUAACAAUUCAGCAUUAUCUGAAGCUUUAGAAGAAGAGCAGUUGCCUUAGAAACCUUUCAAACAUGAUGCAGAUAAUGGAGUGGGUUCAGCGAUUAGGUAGCUUUUGAAAUUGCUUUGUUGUUUUCCUGCUUUUUAUAUGUUUUAGCGGAUAACUUUUUAGUUGAGUGCAUUUAAACUAGUUUUGCAUACAAUUCAAUCAAAAGUCCGACCUUCAUUUUCA